AUGAACCUAUUUUGCAUUUAUGUAUGUUCUGCUGUCAAUCCGUCUUCAGACGCCAGAACAAUCGAUCAAGCGGCCAAUAGCGACAGUUCUUAUCGCUUCACUGCUUCGCUACAUGGAAAGCUUUUAAUAGUUAAGCGAUUAAAACUCUACAUCGGACAGUUUGAAUUACCAGCUCGAAAUGACGUUGAAAUGUUCGUAAGAGAUGCAGUUUCCUACUGCGCCUGCUGGCUUUGCUUCUCACACAAAAAUUCUUCUCAAGAUAUUGCUUCUUUCAAUAUUUUAUGGCGCCAGCGGCUGAAUGGUGUCGAGGGCACAAUAUCGCAUCGUGUGAAAUAUGAAGUGUUCCUAAGUUGA